AUGGGGAGGAUGGGUAUUGGUAUUGUAGUGAGGGACUACAGUGGUGAGGUACAUGUGGUGUUAGCUAGUCCCAAACAAGCAACAAAGAGUGCUAAUGCAGCUGAGAGCUGGGCCAUGCUUCGGGCUGUUCUGUUGCGCAGGGAACUAGGCCUCAGACAGGUGCAACUAGAAGGAGAUGCGAAGAUGGUAGUGGAUGCAGUCAAUUCAAAUACACAGAACACUUCAUGGGAUGGACAAGUUAUAGAAGACAUCAAAUCUGUCAUGUGUGCCCAGCCAGGGUGGUCAGUAUCAUUCUUGGGGAGAGAUGGCAACAAAGUAGUGCAUGAAACUGCAAGAUUAGCUUUAUCUUUAAGUUCUGAAUGUAUUUGGGUAGAGGAGGUGCCACCUGAGGUCUUCCCUGCUGUUAUUUCAGACAAGUCUGUUAUUGUAGAGUCAUAUUAA